AUGGAAAAUCACGGAAAGCCGUCUCUGCUCUUCCAUGUCUCCUGUCUGUUUGUCCUUACACAGCUGCUUAGCUGGGUGACCACACAGGAGUUCCAGGUCUUUGGUCCCUCAGACCCCAUUGUGGCUGCACCAGGUGGGGAAGCCAUCCUUCCCUGCUCCGUGAUUUCAGCCAUGAAUGUGGAGAACAUGGAUGAGUUGAGGUGGUUCCGCAGCAGAUUCUCAGAAGCAGUGCUUGUCUAUCGGGACCAAGAGGAACAGAAGGAAGGACAGAUGCCUGGGUAUUCACAGCGCACCUCUCUGGUGAAGGACCAGUUCCAUCAAGGCACAGCUGCUGUGAAGAUCCAAAAUGUCCAGGCAUCAGAUAGUGGGAUAUACAUCUGCCACUUCAAACAGGGAGUGUUCUAUGAAGAGGCCAUCUUGGAACUGAAGGUGGCAGCGAUGGGCUCUGUCCCUGAAGUGCACAUCAAAGGUCCAGAAGAUGGUGGAGUGUGUGUUGUGUGCAUCACCUCAGGGUGGUACCCGGAGCCUCAGGUGCAUUGGAAAGACUCCAGAGGAGAGAAUUUCACAGCAUUCUCCUCAGAGACCCACACUAAAGAUGUUGAAGGACUGUUCAGCACAGAGACCUCGCUGGUUGUGAGAGACAGCUCUGUGAGGAAUGUGACCUGCUCCAUCUUCAAUCCUAUCUUGGGUCAGGAGAAAGCCAUGACCAUAUUCAUCCCAGAGCCCUUCUUCCCCCAGGCCUCUCCCUGGAAGCCAGCUUUUCUUGUGACCCUGACCAUGAUGGGACUACUAGUCUUAGGGACAAGCUAUCUUCUCAUAAGGGAACGUUCUGCAAGGCUGAAGGUGCAGCAGGAAACGGUGAAUUUUCAGCACGAGAUGGAUGAGUUACAGAAGACAAAGGAGGAUGCUCUGAAGACUAUUGUAGCUCUCUUGACUCCUGUGUGUUGCUUUUCAGCUCGAAGGAAGGCAGCUUACAUGGCAGCUUGGAAGAAGGCCCAGCUCUAUGCAGAUUGGCGCAAGGAGCACUUCGAGGCCUGGACUUUCACUCUGGAUCCAGCCUCUGCCCACCCCAUCCUUGCCAUCUCCCUGGAUAGGCUGAGUGUGAGCCGGAAGGAUUCCACUCUGUGCUUGGAUGACCUCUUCUGUGUGUUAGGCAUCAAAGGCAUCUCUUCUGGAAGACAUUACUGGGAGGUGAAGCUAAGGAAUGGUGACAGCAGCAAGUGGACUCUGGGGGUCUGUAGGGAAGGUGUGGACAGGAAAGGCUGUUUCUCAGAGUGUCCACAUAAGGGGUUUUGGACUGUGGGGAGGUCUAGUAGUGGAUAUUUGGCUUAUAUUGACACUGGGGCAGCUUUAUUAUCUGUCAGGCAAGCACCGCAGAGUGUGGGGGUGUUUGUGGACUACACUGAAGGUGACAUCUCCUUCUAUAACAUGAGUGACAUGUCCCCCAUGUUCUCCUUCCAUGAGGCUUCCUUCUCUGGGACUCUUUUUCCAUACUUCAGGCUUAAGUCUGGAAAUGUCUCAAUGAUUAUCAACUCCAUGCCAUGUGUGUUUGAGGGGAGGGAGGGAGAAGAUGGAAGGAGAGGAAGGAAAAGAAGUAGGAGGGGAGGAAGGGGAGGAGGGCAAAGAAGGGGAAGAAGUUAG